AUGUCGAUAUUCCUCAUGGUGUUCAGCUUCUUGCAAACUGUAGGAGCUUGCGUUACAGUCCUCAAUAACCGUCAUUGGAUUUCUAAGAGUUUGAGCUUAUCGUGGCAGAGGGCUUAUGAAAGGAGUGCGGAUUUGAUAGAGGAAAUUCAAUACGAGUUCUCUUGCAAAGGAUAUUAUAGCACAACGGAUAGAGCGGCUAAUAUUGCCGAGACCUUCCAGAUGCCGUGUGAUUCAAUGCUGAUACAACGCUUUGGACCUCAGCUUUAUCAUGUGGCCUUGUUUAUGUUGUUAGCGCGGCUGGUCCAGGCAACGUCUUACUGUCAACAGCUUAUCGGGGUCAUAACACUCGCAUAUAUUCACCAUAUAACGGCGAACGAUGAUACUUUAUACGAAUAUUCAUACGACUUUUCGUACGAUUACGUGAGAGAAGAUGAAGCAGAAUUCGAUAGGCGGGCAAGUUACUACCUGACACGACAAGAAAUGAUAUCGAUACCGAGCGAGAUGAGGACAGGCGGUAGAAUAACCUUGUGA